GAAAUGGCCGCUGCCGACACUUGGCAGUCGUCGCAGUCGAGUUUAUUUGAUCAUAGGCUGGUUACGCUCAGGGGAAAAAUGUGGAGCGCGAUCAAGUGCACUACAUGCGCCAUCGUCGUGCCGCUGGCCGUUCUCACCAUCGUCUUAUUAGCCUUUCCGGUGCGUCGCAGGGCGGUACACGGCAAGCUACGGGGCGACAUGCUGUCCUGGGACGCAGAUUUGCCCGUUCGUCCGAUUCAUUACGACCUACAAAUCAAGCCGAAUUUCCAUAACGAAUAUUUUACCGGCGAAGUGAACCUCGUGGUGGAGUGCGUGCGCGACACGUCGUUGAUCACCAUGCACUCGAGCGAGUUGCUCAUCAAGAAGGCCGUCCUGCGCGAUGACAGCGGAAACGACAUCGACGUAGCUUUCUUCACAGACGAGGACGCCGGGAUGCUCGAUUUGAGGCUGGCCUACAGAAUGCUGCUGUCCGGAAGCCGCUACAACAUCACCAUCGGCUUCAGCGGUAUCAUGAAGAAGGAAGGAGAAAAUAUUUUGCUGCUGAUUGACAGCUAUCCGGACGCUGGCGACUCGUCCAAGAUUGUGAAAGUGUGGACGUUCGCCAAGCUCAGGAGCGCUCGCCAGAUGUUCCCUUGCUUCGAUUUGUCAAGCCAAAGGGCCACUUUUGAUGUACGCGUGGUUAGGCCAAAGUCGUUCGUUGCCAUCUCAUCGGCAGAUAAAAGCAGCUGCAGUGACGUGGGCAUUGGCGACCGGGUGCUGUGCGCCUUCCAGAGAACCAUCAGAAUCUCGCCGGACCAACUGGCGCUGAUCGUGACCAACCUAAGCAGCGUCACUCAAGGCAAGGUAACCCUCUGGUCUCCGGGACUGUCAAACCUCGCGGAACUUGCCGAUAGAAUUGUGACCGUCUGCGAAAAAGAGAUCGAAUUUGUAUUUCCUUGCAAGAAGCUUCACAUCGUUGCUGUCACAACCGUGGGCAAGCUCGUGUCAUCCAAGUGGUGUGUAGUGAUUGUCGAGGCCAGGAAGCGGGUCUGUUCAUUGACUGCAGGAUUUAUGAAAAAUAAAUUCAACUGCGUCGUUUCGCUCGUAAGCCAAGUGCUGUUCAUGUGGCUGGACGCCGUCGUCGUUUUUCCGGACGACGGCUAUCGCUGGCUCAGUGUCACAUUCUCCGUUUACCACAGCUUCAGAGUGCUGGGAGUUCUCUUUCCGACUUGGGGUAUCGAUGAGCUCGUCGCUCUUCGUGUAAUCACCUCUAAAAGUUCCUACAGGGAGCCGCAACCCCCGAUCAAGAACGCUCUCGCUCUUCAACAGCUGCCGGAGUACGCGAGCACGAUUGUCUGGAAGUCUGUGGGAGUACUGCGUAUGUUCGAAAACGGUGUCACGUCCGCGAGUUUCAUCAGUGGCAUCACCCGAUUGCUAAAGACCUUCCAGUACAAGACGGCGAGCGCCGAGGACGUGUUGAGGACUCUCGAUCCCACAUGUGACCUGUUGAAGAACCUGUCGACUUGGCUUUCAGAUCCAGCCUACCCGCUUCUUACAGCGCGUCGCACCAACGCGACGUCUCUGGCAGUGCAGCAGGAGACAUUCCGGGACCUGACCCGUUUCUCUUACCCUUCACGCCACGCCUUGCCCAUGACGGUGACUGUUCAGAGGGGCGGCAGGCAGGAGCCCAGUUUUGUAGCCUGGAUGGCUAAUACGUCUCAGAUGCUCGAGGUUCCCGCCACUUCUCCGAAGGACUGGAUCAUUGUUAACGGCGACGGCAUCGGAUACUUUCGCGUCUUGUACACCCCGCUGGACAUGGCGCUCAUAACAGAGCAGCUCAAUAAGGACCACAGCGCAUUCACGCCUGUCCAGAGAGCCGUCUUCAUCGACGACUUCUUCUACGCGGCGCUGAGUGGGCGCAUCUCGUCGAACCAAUUUGCCGAGGCUAUUAAGUACUUGCCGUCGGAAGACGCCUGGCUGCCUAUGAUGACGUACCUAGAACUGGCCGCUAAUAUCCCUUACCAGUGGCUGGGCGCUUGGAAGGCCGGAGGCGUGCUCGAUUGGAGGGCCUUUAACGUGAAAUUUUGCUCUCGGGCAUUGGUCGGAAAUGUGAGACCGCAGCGAGAAUCCGCGAAAGCCCUCUUGCACGAAUCUCUUGUCACCCACUGCUGCGCCUACCUCAGAUACGCGUGUCCACCGCGGCCCUAAGUCGGCAGGCAUAUGAGCACUGGCGUGUGCGGUGUUCGAUCGUCAGACCUCACGGCGAAGAAACUCGUGACAGUUGAUUACAAAUGAACUUUUAAUGUUGCAAGGCAGCCGCUGAAGUUGGUGGUGUAGGGGCAGAUUUGGUAUGCGGAAAUAGCUUGCGUUAAAGAUCUUCAGAGAGCCCCGUCAUAUAUGUAUUUGAACGUAA